AUGAAGAUGGUGUACCUGCUGGUUGGUUUGGUCAGCCUCCCUCUGCUGGUCACCGUGCUGUGGCUGCUGCGCCAGUUGUGGCGCAUGCUGGCCUCCUGCGCCGGCUGGGGCUGUCCCGCCACAGCGCGCUGCGCCAGUCGGCCCUGCCAUGGCCUGGAGGAGGUCGUGAUCAUACCCGCCGACCACCAGUUGCACUGCUCAGUUCCUCAUCUGAAGGAACAGGGCGUGCCGUCUUCUAGCAGUGCCCUGCUGCGUGAUGGGCCACUAGCAUCUUCCCAACAACAACACAAGUUUUCUCCUGCUUCUCUGAUGGAAGAGAUGUUGCUUGCGUCGACUCGUGAACAGAUGCAGAGUGCAUCAACACCUCAGCUGCACGACUGCUCACUUGCCUCUUCUCGCGAGCAGAUGAUGUCCACUUCUGCUCCUCUGGACGAAGAGGCGGUGCUGAUAUCCAUCCAUGAGCAGCUGCAGCUGGAAUAUAGGGAACUGGUGACCUGCCACCACCAUAUGCUCUUGUAUUCAACGGCUCCUCAAGUGGAUUAUGUUAAGGGGUUAUUCGCUGAUUACCAGUCUCCUAGCCGUCACGUAGAAAAGACGGAAGUAGAGGCCACAUGCGACCAGGAUCAAGCGGUGCUUUCUCCUCCGAUGCAGGAUUUGGAAGCGUUUUCCAUCCCUGAUGCCUUCGCUCCUGCCGAUGCCGACAGUGACAACCCACAGUAUCCCCAGGAGUCAGGGAAAAUCAGCUGUAUGAAAUCAACCUUAUCAGCAGUUAUGACAGCCAGCAUCUCUGGCCUUAGGUCACUGCAAAGGACGUGGUUCGUUUUGGCUUCUAUUACGCCCUAUUGGCUCCACGACAUCACUCAACACCGAAACAUCCAGCUUACUUAUCUGAGAGAAGUGGGGGAUGUGUUUAAUGCUUACCCUCCCGAAAACCGACAAAAAUCGCCAUUUUCUCCGAGGGAAGAGGCCUUUGAAUUUUAUUCUCUUGAACAACUGGUAGUCGACACAUCGUUUCCGAGGAAAGAGGUAUGUGAGAACUAUCCCCCCGAGCAGUUGCAUGAGUCACCAUCAUCGCCAAGGGAAGAGGCCUUUGAAAAUUAUCCUUCUGAGCAGCUGCAAGAUUCACCAUCAUCUUUGAAGGAAGAGGUCUACGAGACUUAUCCUCUUGAACAGCUGCAAGCAUCAACAUCAUAUUCAAGGGAAAGGGCUGUUGAUGCUUAUCCUUCCGAGCAUCUGCAAGACUCACCAUCAUCUUUGAGGGAAGAGGUCUAUGAGACAUAUCCUCCCGAGCUGCAUGAAGCACCAUUAUCUCCAUGGGAAGAGACUUUUGACACUUAUCCUCCCAAGCAGCUGCAAGAUUCGCGAUCACCUAUGAAGGAAGAGGUCUACGAGACUUAUCCUCUUGAGCAGCUGCAAGCAUCAACAUCAUCUUCAAGGGAAAGGGCUCUUGAUGCUUAUCCUCCCGAGCAGCUGCAAGAGUUUCCAUCACCUUUGAAGGAAGAGGUCUAUGAAACAUAUCCUCCAGAGCAGCUGCAUAAGUCACCAUCAUCUCUGCAGGAAGAGCCCUUUGAGAAGUAUCCUUCUGAAUACCUACAUGUAUCGACAUUGUCUGCGAAGAAAGAGGUCUUUGAUACUUAUUCUCUUGAACCGCUGCAAUCAUCAACAUCAUUGCCGAGGGAAGAUGUGAAUGAGACUCAUCCUUCCGAACAGCUGCAAGUGGUAUCACCACACAAGAGAAACAAGAGUUCUGGUCCCCUUACCUACUAUAAGCUACAACUACCACCGUUUCCUCCACAACAAGUUCCUUUGAAAGAAGUGCUGUAUGAAACGUUUCCUCCUUUGAAAGCUGAUAUUGACACUACCCCUUCAGAAUAAAGAGGCAUUUUUCGAUAAA